AUCAGUUAAUUCUCUGCAUAUUUACCUCCGCAUCUUUUAUCCUUCCUUUUCCUUUUCUCUUUCUUUAUUUCUCUUUUUUCUUUCCUUUUCUUUUUGGUCAAUUAAUUAUUCAACUCAGACCUUCAUCAGUAAUUAAAGAACCUUUCGUUUAGACCUGAAUACCUUUCGAAUUAAAUAUUAAAUAGUUUUAAUUUUCCUCUUUUUCUUUUGCUCGUAUAAUUUUCGAGAGAGAGAGGAAAAGGUCAAGUUGUGCCAUCGAAAUCAGGAUGGAGUUACCUCGAUAUCCUCAAAGUUCAUCAGAUCAACAGCGAUCAACAGCUUCCUCGUCGUCUAAUUAUAAUCCAUUUUCCACUUCGGGUGUUGGUGACCUGGGAGGUGAUCAGGAAGAGUCCGGUCUCUAUCCUACUCGACCAAUCGAUCUAAAUUACACUGAAACCAUUACUUUAGACGACAAUGGAUCAACGGGUGUACCUGAUUAUAAGCGUAAUUCUGAUACCGUUGAUUUAGUUCAAGAGAUAUUAACCAAUCGAGAUUUAUUAGUCUCGAAAGGUUUUUAUUUUUUCUUUUACGCUGCUUUUGGAUCUUUGUUUCCAUUAACUGGAGUUUAUUUCAAACAAAUGGGAAUGAAUUCCGUUCAAGCGGGUAUAUUGACCGGAGUUCGACCUUUUAUUGAAAUUUUUUCAGCGCCUUUCUGGGGAUCGAUGGCCGAUCGUUUCAAUAAAGGUAAACUACUUCUCAUGGCUUCCAUUUUUUCCUGGAUCAUUUUCACUUGUGCCAUGGCUUAUAUAAGACCUCCAGCAACUGCAUGUGUCACAUUCAACGAAACUCAUCACAUUUUAUUUACUCCUUAUUCUGAGGAAUCAGAUGAUGAUUUUGAGAUGUCGAUAACUCCACAGAAAAGGACUCGCCGAGAAUCAGGGCAACAGAUUCAUCUAGUUGACUCUCUUCGUGAAACCAUUCACAAUUCAUUGUUUGGUGUUAAGAAAAGAGUUAAAAGAGAGUCAAAGAGACGGACAAACGCCAAUCGACAUCGACCACCACCAGCUCAUGUCAUUGGUAAAUCACCGAUUCCGAUUGAUUAUACAUUGAAUUUUAACAAAGAUAUUCACGCUUCCUAUGUAUCACCUCCAUAUAGCACCGUUGUUUAUAAAUGGGAAGAUAUUGAGUCCGUUUUCCUCCUUCUUAUGCUUCUUGUGUUAAUUGGUGAGUUUUUCAGCGCUCCAGCAAUUACUCUCGCUGAUUCGGUUACACUUGAUUAUCUUGGUGAUCGUAUUGAUCUUUAUGGACGUCAACGUUUAUUUGGCUCCGUUGGUUGGGCCAUAUCGAUGUUUUUCGUUGGAAUGGCCUUAGAUAAUUCAACGGAAUUCAAUGAUCAUCCUUGUGGAGCCCAUGAAAGUGAACGAAAUUAUAAAGUUUGUUUCUCAAUUUUUGCUGUUCUAAUGGUCGCUGCUGCUGGUACCGCUUAUCAAUUCCGUUUUCCUGAUCAACCUUCAAGAUCACUUGAUGAUAGUUCGCAAGGUGUUGAUUCGGUUCCCAUGAAACCUUAUAACUCAGGUCCAAAGUCGAUAUUCAACACAGCCCCGCCAAUAAAUCCGCCUCCGGGAAUGCAACAAGAUCGUAAAUUUGAAUUUAUUGACAAAUGGAAAUCCGCUGUUUUUGCUCAACGAACUCGAGAAAUGCCCGAAUGGGUCGAGGUGAUUAAAACGUUCGCCAACCUCCGUUACGGUGCUUUCUUGUUUGUCACUUGGUUCAUGGGUGCGGGAAUUGGUAUGGUUUUUGCAUUUCUCUUUUGGCAUCUUCAAGAUCUCGGUGGGACACCAACGCUUUUCGGUAUCGCCUCGGUGAUUAAUCACAUAUCUGAAAUAUUUGCAUAUUUUUACUCAUUAGAGUACAUUAAAAAGUAUGGACACACCAAGGUACUUUGUUUCGGCUUAGCAUGUAAUUUUGGUCGUUUUUUGUACAUCGCUUGGCUGGACAAUCCUUGGUUUAUAUUACCCUUUGAGUUGAUACAAGGAGUAACUCACGCUGGUGUUUGGGCAGCUUGUUGCUCUUACAUCACCCAAGCAACACCGCCACACCUCAAGUCGUCAACUCAGGGAGUUUUACAAGGACUUCAUCAUGGUUUCGGCCGAGGGGCUGGAGCCAUACUUGGUGGUAUUUUUAUCAAUAAAUUUGGGACCCGACCAACAUUUGCCGUUUAUGGUUUACUUUGUGGCCUUGUUUUGGCUUUUUUUGUGUUCGUCAACUCACAGCGAACUCAUUCCGGAUUUCGUUGGCUUGAAGAUGAAAAUGAGCACCAAGUUUACAUUGAAGGGGGUUCAGGUUUAGCUCCUCACGGUGUACCCUCAGCACCAAUCGCUCGAACAGCAUCGAAAACAAAUCUGUCGACUCCUCAUAAUGUACAACCACAGUCGCAACAUUUUCAACAAACAACUUCACAGGCUUGGCCUCAAUCCAACAGAGAUUGGGAAACCAGUGAUCGAGAAUUCGUUAAUCAAAGUGAUUGGCAUUGAUUAAAUUGAUCAAACCAAACUAGUAAACAUUUCGGUUUAAAUAUUAGCCCAAUACUAGCGUCCAGCAUUACGAUUGGAGGUUACACUUUACUUUUUGGUCUUUUUUCCGUUAUGACAAAAUGGUGAUCGUCAUACAAUAGCAAAACAAAAGUAGCCAAAGAAAACAAACCAAUGAAAUUGAUUCAUUUUUUCAAUACUCACUCAAUAUUAUACUAACAUUAAUUUAUAACUUAUAUAAUCUAAUUCAUGGAAGAAAUUCUUUGCAUUCAAAAAAGAUCAGAAUCCAAUUUAUAUCAAUAAUAAGGGUCCAAGAACAUCACCAGCUGAUGCAAAAAAUCUUUCAACUUGGUCAACCUUAAAAAUCGUUGGUCAAAAUUGUAUCAUGUUGAAAACCGGAUCACUUGUUGAUCGAUUGAAUUUCUUAUUCAAUUCGUAUUUUUGUCCAAUGUCCGAUUUAUAAGCUUCCAAAGCUUAAAAACUUUUCCUUCUCAUGUUUUUCCAAUUCUGUGAUCUCCAAAUCUAAGCAGAUUGGUGUUGUACUUUGUUGUAAAUAUUAUAAACUGUUCAUGUAAAAAAAUCCAAGAGCAUCGACAUGGGACAAAUAUCACCUUCAUCUACAAGCAUAAAAGGAAUCACAUCCGAUUCCUACGAUCAAACCACCAAGUUGUAUCAACAAUAUUCCAAUUCCAAACAGAAGAUGAUGAAAAUACUGAUCGUCAAUCCAAAAUCUCACAAAGAUGAUAACACAUCCAAUGAUGAAUUCCUAUAUGAACCAAAAAAAUAGAGGAAGAGAAAUAAUCAAAUUGGAAAAUCGUUCUAGUCACUCUUCAAGAUGGAAAAGAAAAGAGAGAGAGAAAGAGCAAACAAGAACAAAAAAAAACAUAAAUAUAUAAAUAAAGUUCCUCGGCUGAAAGAUGAUUAAAUUAAAGCAUUUAAGCGAAAGAAAAACAAUUAACCUUCUUGGUGAAUUUUACCUUACAGGUAAGAACAUGAUAUUAAGUAAACACAUUAAACUUGAAAAAGAAACAAUAAAAAAAGGUUGUGAACAAAAGUGAAAUAAAAACUGUUUUUAAAGAAUUAAA